UGUGAAUGUAAGACGAAGAUUCACAAUCAUCUUGAAAACAAUUCCAUUUUAACUUCUUUCACUGAGAGUUAAACUUGCAUUUUUUUGUCAAUCAACUUCGUUUUGUGGCAUCUCUUUCUGUGCCAAUCAUGGCGAAUUCGACGGAGUGGGAAAUGGUGUCCGAGUCCGAGACUGAGGACCGACCGGGCCAAGCUGGAAGUGACGGGUACAAACCAGGCUACGAGGUACCCCUCCUGACCGUGGUUUGCCUGCUAGGCUUCACCGGUAACUUCUUGGUGUGGAUGAUUUACAGCAAGCCCAAGUAUAGAAAGUCCAACGCUGCAAUCUAUAUACUCAGUUUGGCUGCAGGGGAUAUAUUGGCUCUCGUCGUGGUCAUUUUCCACAUCACGGAGUUUUUCCCAGUCACGUGGCCCGUCCUGUGGGGUCACGAUUGGCAGUGCGCCCUCCAUCGGUUCUUUCGAUUUGUGGGCUUCAACAACACCGUGUUGACCAUGACGGCCAUCGCGGUGGACCGUUACUACGCAGUGCGCCACCCUGUGGCCUUCAAGAUCAGAUUCACCGUCAAGAGAACGAGGAUCGUUAUCGGGACUUUGUGGACGCUUUCGCUGGCUGCAGCGACACCAACCAUUUUUAUGUUUCAGAGCAUCUUUGGUGGGAGUGGCCAAGCAGUGACGUACCCAGGAAAGAUCAACUUCGCUUGCAAGCUCGUCCUUCCCUUCGGCAGGUGGUUCAAAGACUUCAAAGCCAUCUACCUGAACGUCGUCUUGUUCUACCUUCCGGUCGUCAUCACUGCCGCCCUCUACGUCCAGAUAGUCAUACACGUGUGGAGAAACAACAGGUUCGUUCGCGCCCGAAUGGGCCGGGUCCCUCACCGGAACUCCCACUGGAAGACCGCCAAAACCCUCCUGACGGUUUUCGUGGUGUACGUGGCUUGCUACAUCAUCCUCAUCACCUACAAUCUUCUGGCACCUUACGCGCCGAAUCUGUUGCCGCCGCAGUUGAAGAACGUGGGUCUGCUUCUGCCGUACGUCAACAGUUGCAUGAAUCCCAUCGUCUACUCGUUCACCAAUCCCAGUUUUCGCAAGGCAUGCUGGGAUGCGACGCGCUGUCGCCGAUUGGUCCGCUCUGACACGUCACAGACAGACGUCAUGAAAGAGGUCAACAGUUCCGCGGACGACCAUUACAUGAAAACGAAUGGCGAGGGGCUGCACAUGCCUCCACCGACAAUCUCUGUUGUCGUCGCUAACUUGUAUGUCAAAGACAAAUCGAGUCCUUAUCCCAAUCUUGAGCAGAACACAAAAAUGUAGCUUUCUUAAAAAAUGACUGUAAUUUAAUUUUUCUUUUUAAAACUACGCAAGAAGUGGAAAGUUGUAAAAUUGGCCGAAUUCAUUUUGCACAUCAUUCUGUUAUAUCGCGCGCGAGAACAAUAUACGGCCGUAUCAAAAACGGACCGCACGAACUCGUCCAAAAGUGUUCGGAGUCUAAACGGUGCAGCUACCUUUCCCAAAAUCUCUCUUGCAUUGUAAAGUAACUUGGGAAAAAUUGUAAAUAACGCUGUCUUAGUUAAGUUAUGCUUAAGCAAAGCAACAACAUAUCGUGAUUCAUUGCACGGGUAAUUGUAUGCUUAAGCGAAGCAAUUAUAUCGUGUUUCAUGUUGAUACCAUUUUGAUUUACUAUGCGUAUAUAGCAGCUACUGAUCAAGAAAACAGAGGCGAAGUCGGGUGUAAGACAUGAACAUUUUUGGACAGAUUUCUGCAGCUGAACCGACUCCUCGUCAAAGUCGACGAAGUAAAAUCCACAAAAGGCACAGAGAGAAAGACAAUUGUAAGGUUGAUAUAAGACAUUGAUGAGCAGGAUUGUUCAACUUAACUCAACAAACGUAAAUUAGUUUCUAUUUUGAGAAAAGAUUGGGUUUUUUUGGGCGAUUUCGGCCGUAAUGGAUCUGAUGUUUAUGCAAAUUCUCUGCUUACAAGUAAUGGUCGCACUUGCAAACAAAAAUUGAAAGAGCAAAAGUAAACAACAGGAAGACAAUGAAACUAAAUAACAUGGAUCUUACAGCUAUAUUGCCCGGUAUAAUAUCACAUAUUCACAAGUAUUUUGAUAUGAAAGUAUGCAAUUUGAAAUUGUAAAAACUCUAUUUUAGUAUUCAAAUCAUAAAUAUACAUAUAUCGCAAAGUAUUUUGCAAAUGAUACACUUUGGAUGAUUCCAUAUGUAUACAUGUAUAUAAUUAAACCACAUUUCCAGCUUGCACUGUAUACCUGCCAAGUUUCACAUAUUUUGCGUAGCACAUUGUUAUAGUGUCCAUCAAAAAUCUAAGCACAUUUUUUGUUCAUAAUUAUAAUUAACCAGAAACAUGCUUCCCAGUGGAGCAUCAUUAAAUUUUUACCAAUAAACAAACCCUUAUAGCAGUUUACAAGCCGACAAAUGUUGGCACUAUUUGAAAAAGGUUUUCAAUUUCAUGAAUAACACGUGUCUGAAGUAGGCAAACAAGUCUCUUGCAGUAAACGUAUCCAGGUUUUUGGUCCGGGGGUGGGGUGGGAAUGGUAAAUAUUUCUGAAAAAGUGCCCCCUUCUUAUACCGUUCUUAAACAAUGAUAUAUACAGGGUGGUGCAAAAAGAAGGAAACCCCCUUUUGGCAGCAAUU